AUGCGCCCUGUUGACUGGCCACAUUCUAGUCGGCACGGUCGCUCUCCUCACUCCACUCGAGGUCCAGAGCCCCUUGUUGUGCCUUCACAAGCUCACCAUGUGUACCUGACACAGGAAGAGAUCAUGAAACUACACUUCAAACCCACAGUGGGAACCAUCCAAAAGUCAGAGGGGACAGAGGUCAAAUUUAACUGCUCCAUUGAUAUCAAUGAUGUAGAGCAGGACCUGACCAUUCAUUGGUGGAAGAAUGGCAGGGAGAUGCCAGGGAACAUGCAGACUGAGGUCUAUACUCAGGGGGCAGUUACCCUGCUCUCCACAGUGAACAUUAAAAGCAUUCAGCGAUCUGACGCUGGGGAAUAUCACUGCAGGCUCAGUGUUAGCAACAAACUAAUUAAGUCAGACCCCAUUUACAUCGAGGUCGAAGGGCUGCCAACUUUCACUAAGAAUCCAGCAGACAUGAAUGUGACCCGGAACAGCCCAUUCACAUUGACCUGUGAGGCAGUGGGUCCCCCAAACCCUGUCACAAUUGAGUGGCUUCACAAAGGAAUAAAAUUCGGUUCCCUCAGCGACUCCCCAAGCACCAUUCGUAUUGAAGGCGUGGACUCACCCACUCAGUACAGCUGUGAGGCUCGUAACCAGAAAGGUCUUUCUACUUCCAAAGAGGCCCGCAUCAAUAUCAAAGAGCUACCACAGAGGGUGUCCAGGGUCAGCGUGACCAAACGAGAAUCCGAUAAGUUAAUGCUGAGUUGGACACCUGGGCAUGAUGGAUAUUCUCCUCUGAACACGUGUUACAUCACGGUGAGAGAGUUAGAAGAGAGGGGAACCCCCACAGCAGCGCGUGAAACCCCAGUUCCUCCAUAUGAGUAUGAGGUCACAGGGCUUAGGGCCAUGACCUGGUACAACAUGAGUGUGUCCUGUCAUAAUGAACUGGGUCCGUCCCCUCCCAGUGCCUGGGUCCAGAGCAACACCACAGAGGGAGUGCCGUCGGCGCCCCCCCGGAAUUUGAGCGCUCAGGUCAAUGAGACCAUUUUGAUGAUUCGCUGGGAAGCUCCGCCCUCUGACAAAGUGAACGGGAUCCUGCAGGGGUACGAUGUGACGGUCAAGCACGCGGCACACACUAACAAGAUCCGCAGUUACAGCACACAGGCAGCUGUGACACUGCGAGUCUUCAACACCACAUACAGUGUGGAAGUAGUGGCCUGUACACAGGUUGGAUGUGGGGUACAAAGCCCACCUUUUGAGCUCUUUGUGCCAGAGCCUGUGUCACCUGUAUCCACACCGCCCAGGCCACGGAUGCAUGGCUCAGAUUCUGCAUAUGUUGUUUUUGGGGUGGUGUGUGGGGUCUGUCUUCUCAUGAUUGUUUUCAUUGGAGCAGUGUGCUUGCGCACUAGACUCAAGCAGUUUUGGGGAUCUGAAAGCAAGUUGCCAAACAUAGUUGAGUACAAGCCCCAGAGGACCUACAAUCGAUCAGCCAUGGAAAUCGACCUUGGAAACUUGGGUGUCAGCACGGAGCUUCAGGCCAAACUGCAGGAUGUGAUGAUUGGAAGGAAUCUGCUGUCUGUCGGAAAAGUCCUUGGAGAGGGUGAGUUUGGCUCUGUGGUAGAGGGCCGUUUGAAGAAACCAGGUGGAUCAUCAGAGAAGGUUGCUGUGAAGACCAUGAAAUUGGAUAACUUCUCACAGAGAGAGAUUGAAGAAUUUCUCAAUGAAGCUGCCUGCAUGAAAGACUUCCACCACCCAAAUGUCAUUAGACUGUUAGGGGUGUGUUUAGAAGUUGGAGCAGGUCACUUUCCCAAACCAAUGGUUAUUCUUCCCUUUAUGAAAUAUGGAGAUCUUCACAGUUUUCUCAUUCGCUCCCGGCAUAGUGAGAAUCCACAGUACCUGCCUACUCAGACUCUACUAAGGUUUAUGAUUGAUAUUGCUUUGGGCAUGGAAUACCUCAGCAGCAGGAAUUUCCUGCACCGAGACCUAGCAGCCCGCAACUGCAUGUUGCGUGAUGACAUGACUGUAUGCGUGGCAGACUUUGGCUUGUCUAAGAAAAUCUACAGUGGGGAUUAUUACAGGCAGGGAAGAAUAGCCAAAAUGCCUGUCAAAUGGAUUGCAGUGGAGAGUCUUGCUGACCGAGUGUUUACAGUAAAAAGUGAUGUGUGGGCAUUUGGUGUGACCAUGUGGGAAAUUGCAACUCGAGGCAUGACUCCUUACCCUGGUGUCCAAAACCAUGAGAUUUACGAUUAUCUUCUAGACGGUCACAGACUGAAACAGCCAUCUGACUGCCUGGAUGAACUGUAUGCAAUCAUGAGUAGCUGCUGGCGAGCAAACCCACAAGAAAGGCCGGAUUUCACUCAGGUCCGGGAAAUGUUGGAAAAGCUUGCAGAGAAGCUGCCCGAUGCUUCCAACAAGUCAGAAAUCAUAUACAUCAACACAAGUUUUCCUGAGGAGGAGCCUUUGACUAAGUCCAAGCCAGAUGGUCCUCUUCUUAGCUCUUCACCAUCAUGUAGCCGCCAAACCAUGGACACUUCGGUCGUGACCGCAGAUGUUCACGAGAGUAUUGACUCUGAGGAGGAUGACCGGUACGUUGUUGUUGUCUCCUCUGACAACCCAGAGUUGGGUGCAAAUAGUACUGCAGACACUCCAGCCAAUACUCCUCUAUUAUCUAAUGAAAGCUUGGAGCAGGACAGUGUUGACAUUGCUGGGGAGGGAAGGGAGGUGCAGCCUUCCUCCACUGAUACUACACAUUUGCUCUAA